UUGAUUUUCAUCUGAUUUUUGUUUGUAUCUUCACAUCAAAAGAUAUCAUCAAUUUUUUUGUGAAUCAAUAACUUUAACAAUAAGUUUCAAUCAAUCAAUAAAUUAUAAUUGUUUAGCACAUCAUGUCUUCAGACGAGUACGAGUUUGUGGCCAAAAGUGCAUUGAAGUUGAAGUCAGCCGACGGUAUGAUCACUAAGAAGUCGAAGAAGAAAAAGAAGAAGAAAGAUAUGUCUAAACUAACAGAACAAGAGAAAGGUUUAUAUAAGCAAAUGAUCGACAAAACUAUGGCCGACAACAGCAACAACAACAACGUGUCUUCAGCUGCUUCUUCAUCGUCGGCAUCAGUUAGCGGUGGCAGUAGUGGUGGCCAUUGGAGGACAGCCGCCGAACGCAAGUUUCUCGAUCAGCAAUAUAAACGACAGACCGAACGGAUUAUGGAAAAGGCGAGCAAAAGUCAUAAACAACGGGUCGAAGAGUUUAACGACCAUUUGGAGAGUCUUACCGAACACUACGAUAUACCGAAAGUCAGUUGGACUAAGUAGUGGAUCAACCGAUUGAUUGAUUGGCGAUAACGGCAAUAGUUAUCAUCAUAUCAUUGAUGGUCGUAAUGAUUGUACAUAUUUAUUAUCGUAACAUUAAUAACUUCAUUGCCGUAUUAGGGGUUGACUUUGAUCUCCCGAUAGAGAUAGAGAGAGAGAGAGAGAGAG